UCCCGCGGGCGGCGGGGAAAGUGGCGGCCGCAGCAAGAUGGCGGUGGCGGGCAAGGGAGUGGUGUCGGCCGCCGUGAAGCCAAUCUUCAGCCGGGACCUUGGCGAGGCGAAGCGGCGCGUCAGGGAGCUGUACCGGGCCUGGUACCGCGAGGUGCCCAACACGGUGCACCUGUACCAGCUGGACAUCACGGUGAAACAGGGGCGUAACAAGGUGCGGGAGAUGUUCAUGAAGAAUGCCCACGUUACGGAUCCACGCGUGAUAGACAUGCUGGUUAUUAAGGGGAAAAUGGAGCUUCAAGAAACCAUUCAUGUCUGGAAGCAGAGGACUCACAUCAUGAGGUACUUCCACGAGACGGAAACCCCGCAACCUAAAGACUUUCUGUCCAAAUUCUAUGCGGGCCACAAUCCCUGAGAAACUGACUCUGUGUCUUCCUGCCUUAUAUUACAAAUAAAGUUCUAUACAAUAGAAAAAAAAA